AUGAGGGCCGCACUGCAGCUGUCGGCGUUGGCUCUGCUGCCCGCCGUGCUUGGGGCCGCGCUUCCAUCCACCACCAGCGGGCCUCAGUUUGACAACGGGCAUCCAAUCGACGGGAACGGGAAGGGUGCUCCUCUUUUGGGGGGAACAAACCGGCAGAUUGAUAUCGACAAUUCCGACAAUCUCGGGAAGCAGUCCACAGACAACGGAAUAGUCCCGAAUCUCAAGUGGCGCUUCUCGGACUCCAAGACAAGGAUCUUCAGGGGAGGAUGGCUCCGCGAGCAGGUCAUCCAGGACCUCCCCCAGAGCCACGACAUCUCGGCCGCGCAACAACACCUGUCCAAGGGCGCAAUCCGCGAGCUCCAUUGGCACCGUGUCGCCGAAUGGGGCUUCGUGUAUGCGGGGUCCGUUCUCAUCUCGGCAGUUGACGAGAACGGGAAGUACCAGGUUGAGAAGCUCAACUUUGGCGACAUUUGGUACUUCCCCAAGGGCGUGGCGCACACUGUCCAGGGUCUGGAGGACGAGAAUGAAUUCCUCCUUGUAUUCGACGAUCCCGACUUCGACAAGGUUGGAACCACAUUCAACGUUGACGACUGGGUUGCGCACACCUCUCGCGAUGUCGUGGCGAAGAACUUCGGUCUCGAUCCUUCUGUUUUUGACCACGUCCCGAACCCGAAUCCCAACAUCUUCAACGGCACCGUGAGCACCAAGAACGUGACCGGGAACCCAGACGACGUGCUCACGGGCAACGCGUCGUUUGUGUACCGAACGUUCCAGCACGAGCCGGAACCCGUUCCUGGAAAAGGCGGCGAGUUUUACAAGAUCGACUCUACCAACUUCCCCGCCAGCAAGACUCUUGCCGCUACCUAUGUCAAGCUCAAGCCUGGUGGCUUGAGGGAGCUUCAUUGGCACCCCAACGCCGAGGAGUGGCUGUAUUUCCACCAGGGAACCGCGCGCGCGACCGUUUUCAUCGGCAACGCCGCAGCACGUACGUUCGACUUCAGCGCCGGCGACACAGCAGCCUUCCCUGACAACUCUGGGUGA